UUAUGUAAAAGAUUUUUUUAAAUGUAAAAGUAUAUUAAAUGGAAAUUUCCAGGCAUACCGAGAUGCUGCCAAAGGCUAUGAAGAUAAUGAUGGCUCUUUUAUUAAAUUUUGUACUGAUGCUGCAAGUUAUAUAAGGUAUUUUAAAAAUGAUCCUAAUAUAAAUAUAUCUGCAUUUUGUGAGUAUACUAAUUACUGGUUCUAUGGUAAGUUGGAAUCAACUGAUAAAAUUACAUAUAAUCAGGCGUUAUUAAAUAAAUUUUUUGACGAUGUUGAUAUUAUACAACAUUGCAAAGAUCAUAAGGAAGCUAUUGACGAACAUGCAUAUAGUGAUCUUAAAAAAUUAGAUGAAUUGUAUGAUAAAUUUUAUAUAUUUAAAGAAAAAUCUUCAACUCAAGAUAAUGGUCGUUGCGAAGAAGGUAAAAAAUGUGUCCAAGAAUAUAAGAAACACGAUAGUACAUGUAUGGGAAAUGGUAACAAUAGAUUUUGUAAUGAAUUAGAAAACUUUCGAGAUCUAUUUAAUAAAUAUCUUAAAUCAGAAAACAAGUGUGAUAACAUAGAAGAAUUACCAUCAUUCCAAGGAUCUCCACUAGCUGCUACCAUUUUACUCCCAGUUUUAGUAAUGUCAGUCAUAAUUUUCUUUUCAUUUUUUGCUUAUAAGGUGGAUAAAUUUUUUGUACAAAAGUG